AUGUUUGGAACCCUGCACUACCUGCCCGAGAACAAGACCAGGGAGUUCCUCGAGCGUGAAUCAGUGGUGGUGGGGAAAUGCGUCAACCAACAAACCUCAACACCCGGCCUGCGAUACUUGCAGGGUAAAAAAGAUCUGCUGCAGUGGCCGAAGAGCGGGAUGUUCGCGGUGCAAGACCCUUUCCCUCAGCUAUACGCACGUCCUCACGCGGAAAUGCAAGAGGAAGCCAGCGCCCAACUCGCAGAAAAAGGGCCACAGUAA